CGUAAACUUCCGGGGUUUAAACUCGUACUUUCAACGGGCGACGCUGCUGCCGAAGCCGGAGAGUUGUGAGUCUUGAAAGAGACUGUUUGUAAAAUUGUUUUGUGCUGGGAUGGGAUCUCCAACAAAGGAUGCGACAGCACACAGAACCAGCAUUCAUACCCCUGGUCAAGAACCUGACUCCCCACUUCCCCCCAUCCAUGAGCGUCUGGCUAACCUGCGUCCCUCCAGGGAGCUGCUGGAGUUCUACAGACAGAAGAUUGCUCAGUUUGACGGCGAGCACGAGGAGCUGCUGCAGAUGCUGGAGAAGUACAGAGGCAUCACAGAAGACCAGUAUAAGCUACAGAGGGAGGUACGACAGCGUGAGGGAGAGAUUGUGGAGCUCCAAAACGCUCUGAGCGACAUACAGGUCUACCUUUUCCAAGAGAGAGAGCAGUCUCUGCGGCUUUAUGCAGAAAAUGACAGACUGAAGAUCAGAGAGUUGGAGGACAGGAAGAAAAUCCAGCACCUUCUAGCCCUGGUGGGUCCUGAUGCUGGAGAGAUCACAUAUUUCCACCGGGAGCCUCCUCACAAGGUCACUGUAACACAGAGGAAUGCUGAAUCCAGAUCAGAGGAAAAUCUCAACCUCAGGCCAACAAAGUUAAGACCUGCUGUAACCAGGAAAGCAGAGAGUAGCAGGAGAACAAAAUCAGCAGAUGGGGUAAAUGGACAAAGCCUGGAACAAUACAAGAAUGAUAACCAAACUUUGUUACUACAGGUGGAGGCUCUGCAUGCUCAGAUGGAGGAACAAACCCGUCUGACCAAAGAGCAGGUAGAGUCUCUGCUGGAAGAUCGGCGGAUUAAAACGGAGGAGGCGCAGGCACAGCAUCUCAGAGAUCAGGAGCGAAUCACAGCUCUGACUGACAAGCUCCAGCAAACCCAGAUCCUGUUGUAUGAGAGCACCAAAGAUUUCCUGCAGCUAAAGUUUGUCACAGGGGCUCAUGAGAAGAGCUGGAUGGUGGAGAAGGACCGGCUGCUGAGGGAUCUGGACUCCUGCCACAACCGUCUGAGGAAGGCUGGGCCUGCUGGUGCAGAGCCGGGCCGAACGUGGCAGCCCAGCAGCAGCACCGCCCUGCUCCUUUCAAGGCCUCAGCCAGAGUCUGAGCAGACACAGAAGGAGGAGAUGAAGGCAUUGCAGGAGGAUCUGAAGCAAGCCCAUCGUCUGGCAGAGAUGUACAGGGAGCAGUGUAUUACUCUGGAGACAGAACUGGCCCAAAUCAGAGAGCAAGGGGAUGUGGGCAGGGAAAUAUUCAAGGAGCGUUCAGACAAAAUGGCCAAGCGUCUUCAGCUGAUGACUCAGCGUUACGAGGCACUGGAGAAGAGGAGGGCCAUGGAGGUGGAGGGCUUCAAGACGGACCUGAAGCACCUCAGGCAGAAAUUCAAAGAUAUAGAAAAACAACUCCUUAAGGCUACUCUGAAUAUUGGGCCCAACCAGGACUUAGCCAUUCUGCAUGAAGUACGCCAGACCAACACCAGGACGAAGAAGGUUCAGGGUGAGCUGAUGGCAUUAAAGGCUAAGAUCUAUGGACUGGAAAAUGAGCUGAGAUUUAGCUGAGGGCUGGACUGUGAUGUGUUGUGUUCCAGUCAAGCGUGUUGUGCUACUGUAUUUAUUACUGAAACUGAGAGUGAGUCAAAAUGAAAAUGCAAUGAUCCAGUUAGAAUUUUCAUUUUCAUAUACUCAUACAGGUGUUCAAUAACAAUUUCAAAGACCUAACCUGCUCUAAGUGGACAAUAUUUAAAUGCAGUAAGAGAAACAGCUACAAAUAGUUUCCCUCACUGGGAAUUGCUUUUAUUUUAUUAAUAACCACAGCUUUAAUUUAUUUCUAUUUUAUUUUGUUAUUUUGUUUGACCUCCGAGGUUUAUUCUUCUUUAACUUAUUGGUCCAAAGGGAGAUGCUUGAUUUCUGUUGGUGUAAAAUGGACAACUUCCUCCUCUUUACUCAUGUUCGAGAGAUGCAGACUGGUGUUUUAACAGGAGAUCGCAGAGCAUGGCCAGAGGGAAACACAUUGAGAAAAAGAAAGGUUAGUCAACUGCUGAAGUGGCCAUGCUGAAGUGCAAGGUGCACGAGCUGCUUGCUCUGUGACUGAGCACAGCCUCUGUGACAAAUGAGCCUAAAGCAUAAAGUUGUGUUAUUUUGGUAUCUUCCUUUUGAAAGCGGGGACAAUGAGAGUAUUUGUGUUUAACAUGACGAUAUGUGUGUGUUUAUUUGCAUUGUGUGAAGAGACAGUGAAGCAGAAUGUCAUGCAAUGAGAGUAGUUGUACAUUGAUGUGCUGCAUUAUGACCACAAGGUGUCAGUAUUGUACAAGGAAAUUUAUACUCUUACAUUAUAGAGGUGUGAGUACUUAAUGUCUGUGCUUUACAUGAUUCUAACUCAAAAUGAUUUCAGAAAUAUAUUUAAUAGUUAUGUAAUAGUUUCAUUUACACUUAGCAAUUAAAUGGUCUAUAAUAAUAGCAAAGGUGACAUUUCCCAUGUUAACUACAAUUUUCCAGUGUUCUUGGGUUAAAAUUUUAAAGGUUGUAUUGUGUGGUUGACAUUGAUGUGAUUAAACUGUUCAGUUUGAGUAAAUUUC